GCCUCUGCUGGCAUGGGCUCUGAGUGCUGGGCACUGGCCACAGCGGGCAGCCGAAGGGUCAGGCGAGCCUGGGAGAAGCUGAGGUCUGCAGGUCGGAGCCCAGGGAUGCCCGGAAAAGCAUCGCAAACAGAGCACAUGGAGGCUGCGCAUGGAGAGCACACGGAGAGCCGGGAGGAGGAGGAGGAGGGCCUGGGGGGCCUCACGGCGGAGGAGCUGCAGCAGGGCCAGGAGGCCGCCCUGGCGCUGGAGGCCCGAAUGGCGCUGAGCGCCCAGAGCCUGGUCCGGGCCGAGGUGGACGAGCUCUACGAGCACGUGCGUGCCCUGGGCCAGGGCCGCUUCGGCCGCGUCUGGCUGGUCACCCACCGGCAGGAAGGCACGGUGCUGGCCCUGAAGCAGCUCCCGAAGGCUUCCACCACCCUGCGCGGCUUCCUCUACGAGUUCUGCGUGGGCCUCUCCCUGGGCUCGCAUGCGGCCAUCGUGGCAGCCUGCGGCGUUGGCCUGGAGUCGGCUGACUCCUACAGCUUCCUGACCGAGCCAGUGUUGCACGGCGACCUCAUCGCCUACAUCCGUCCCAAGGUGGGCCUCCCGCAGGCGGCCGCCCAGCGCUGCGCAGCCCAGCUGGCUUCCGCCCUGGAGCACAUCCACUCCCUUGGGCUGGUGUACCGGGACCUCAAGCCCGAGAACGUGCUGGUGUGCGACCCCGACUGCCGGCAGGUCAAGCUGGCGGACUUCGGCCACACGCGGCCGCGAGGGACCCUGCUGCGCCUGGCCGGGGCCCCCAUCCCCUACACGGCCCCCGAGCUCUGUGCGCCCCCGCCCCUCCCCGAGGGGCUGCCCAUCCAGCCCGCCCUGGACGCCUGGGCACUGGGCGUCCUGCUCUUCUGCCUUCUCACCGGCUACUUCCCCUGGGACCAGCCCCUGGCCGAGGCCGACCCCUUCUACGAGGACUUCGUCGUCUGGCAGGCCUCGGGCCAGCCCGACCACCGGCCUCGGCCCUGGUUCGGCCUGACGCCCACGGCUGACACCCUGCUGUUGGGGCUGCUGGAGCCCCAGCCGCGGAGGAGGAGCCCCGUGAGCUCCGUCCGGGGCUUCCUGGGGCGGCCCUGGAGGCAGCGGGAGGGGGAGGCUGAGGAGGUGUACCCGGGGGAGGACGGAGACUCAGGGUGAGGAGGACGAGGCAGGGGUGCGCCCGGACAGGCCCGGCCCACCCCCCGCCCCCUGGGCUUUCGGGGCGGCUCUUGGCCGUCUGUCCGCCUCUGUCUGGGAUCGUCCGCUUCCUGUCCUUGUUUCCCACCUCACCGUCUGUCUGCGGCCUCGGUCCGCGGGUCUCUGACCGAGCACCGUGUCCGUCCGCACCCCUCCGCCUUCCUGGGCCGCGGCACCCACAGGUCCCUUUGCCUGGCUGCUCUUGGCUCACGCCCCCACCCCCAAUCAGCCAGGCUGCCCCCGCCCCUCUCUGCUCCCCCUUCUCUCCGGCCUCCCCUCUGGUGGAGCCCAAGCAGCAGGGGCGAUCGUGUGCGUGCAGGCGGCCCAUCCCUCAGGUUUUGCACGGCUCUCCUGCGCACACCUGUCGUCCUGCCCGCGUCUCUCCUCUCCUGGGCGCCACCCACUCCCACCUCACCCCCUCUGCCCCUUCUCCCACCAGCUGGGUCUGCGCCCUCUUGCUAAGCUGUUUUGUCUUUCUCACCCCAGCCGCUCUCUGCAAAUAAAGUCCUUCUG